ACGCCGUCUCUCACAUUCCCAGGACCGCAUACACUCAACAUGGCGGAGAAAGAAGUUCCCCUCACGGCCGUCAAGGUCGAGGCCUUGGUGGUGAUGAAAAUCAUCAAGCAUGGCUCCCAGACCUUCCCCACUACCGCGACCGGUUCGAUCGUUGGUAUGGAUGACAACGGUAUCCUGGAGAUCACCAACUCGUUUCCCUUCCCCGUCGUCGAGAUGCCCCAGGAUUCGCACUUUGACAACAUCCCCCCCAACCCGGCCGCCGCCGCCCCUCGCGCGAAGUCCAACGUCGCCUACCAGGCUGAGAUGAUCCGCAUGCUUCGGGAGGUCAACGUCGACGCGAACAACGUCGGCUGGUACACGAGCGCCAACAUGGGCAACUUCGUCAACAUGAACGUGAUCGAGAACCAGUUCUUCUACCAGAAGGAGAUGAACGAGAAGACCGCUUUCCUGGUUCACGACGUGAGCCGCAGUGCGCAGGGCAGCCUGAGCCUGCGGGCAUUCCGUCUGUCUCCCAAGUUCAUGACGGCCUUCAAGGAGCACAAGUUCACCACUGAGGAGCUGCAAAAGUCCAACCUGAGAUACCAGGACAUCUUCGUCGAACUGCCGAUUGAGAUCCACAACUCGCACUUGAUCACCUCUUUCCUCCACCAGCUGCAGUGCCCCAAGGUGUCUGCGCCCACCGAGCUGCCCCCGUCCCUGGCCGCCCUGGAGUCCGGCCCCUUCGUCAAGGACACCCUCCUGGACCCCAACUACGACAACCUGUCUCUCAGCAUCGACCCCUACCUGGAGAAGAACUGCGAUCUUCUCCUCGAGAGCAUGGAGACGCACCACACGGAGACCAACAACUACCAGUACUACCAGCGGUCGUUGGCCCGUGAGCAGGCCAAGAUCACUGCUUGGCAAACCAAGCGCAAGGCCGAGAACGCCAGCCGCGCGACCCUCAAGCAGCCGCCUCUCCCCGAGGACGAGUGGCAGCGGCUGUUCAAGCUGCCCCAGGAGCCCAGCCGCCUGGAGACCAUGCUCAACAGCCGCCAGGUGGAGCAGUACUCGCGCCAGGUCGACAGCUUCGUGUCGGCCACGACGAGCAAGAUGUUUGCGAUCAAGGGCAACCUGAUGCCCGGGGAGCUCGCCAAAUAGAGUUGUGGUUGGACGAGGGUGCUUUAUCUAUGUGGGGAUUCUGGGAAUUGCAUGCAUGACCUUUACGGCGUAAGAAGGAAAAAUUAUGUAUCUUCACUGUUAAUGUCUCCUUUGCUUAUUCAUGCCGAAUAGAGUACGGGUUAUGACUGCU